AUGAAUGCUACUCUACUCAAAGGAUCAGCCACAUCGCACAAAGAUCUGCAUCGAGUUAAAGUUCGAGCGGCCGAGGCCGUGAUCAUUCUGGCAGAUCCAAACAGUCGGGAUCCGGCCCAAGAUGAUUGGGAAAACAUUAUGCGUGUCGUUUCGAUCAAACAACUGGAUCCAAAAUGUCGUAUUAUCUGCGUAUUGACGUUGUUUGAAAACAAAGUGAGUUCUUUUAUGACUUCCUCUGAAUUGGAAUGCUGGGAGUUGAUGAAAAUGUGA